AGGCAGCCCUUCCGCUUCCUGCUGGCAGGCGACGCAACUUCCGGUGGCUGCUGGGAGGUAGCUCGUGGCCUGGGGACGGAUCGCGCGGCGGUGACUCUGAGCGGGCGCGAGGCGGUCGGCAGGACGCUGGUAGCAGAUUCACCGUCGCUAUGGCAUCCCUUUCCCUAGCACCUGUGAAUAUUUUCAAGGCAGGAGCAGAUGAAGAAAAAGCAGAGACAGCUCGGUUGUCAUCCUUCAUUGGUGCUAUUGCCAUUGGAGACCUGGUUAAGAGCACUCUGGGACCUAAAGGCAUGGACAAGAUUCUUCUAAGUACUGGAAGAGAUGGCACAGUGACAGUAACCAAUGAUGGUGCAACCAUCCUAAAAUCUAUUGGAGUUGACAACCCAGCUGCCAAAGUUUUGGUUGAUAUGUCGAUGGUUCAAGAUGAUGAGGUUGGUGAUGGAACUACAUCUGUAACUGUGCUGGCAGCUGAAUUACUUAGGGAGGCAGAAGCAUUGAUUGCAAAGAAGAUUCAUCCUCAAACCAUCAUUGCAGGUUGGAGAGAAGCUACAAAAGCAGCAAGAGAGGCCCUUUUGAAAUCUGCAGUGGAUCAUGGUGAUGAUGAAAUAAAGUUCCGUGAAGACUUAAUGAACAUUGCAGGGACCACGUUGUCCUCAAAACUACUUACUCAUCAUAAAAAUCACUUUACUAAACUAGCAGUGGAAGCUGUUCUUAGACUGAAAGGAUCUGGUAAUUUGGAAGCUAUCCAUAUUAUCAAGAAACUAGGUGGAAGUCUGAUAGACUCUUACUUAGAUGAAGGCUUUCUACUAGAUAAAAAGAUUGGCGUCAACCAGCCAAAAAGAAUUGAAAAUGCAAAGAUACUUAUUGCAAACACUGGUAUGGAUACAGAUAAAAUUAAGGUCUUUGGCUCUCGUGUAAGAGUGGAUUCGACAGCAAAGGUAGCAGAAAUAGAACAAGCAGAAAAAGAAAAAAUGAAAGAGAAGGUUGAACGUAUUCUUAAGCAUGGAAUAAACUGCUUUAUUAACAGGCAACUGAUUUAUAACUAUCCCGAACAGCUGUUUGGUGCUGCUGGUGUUAUGGCUAUUGAACAUGCAGACUUUGCAGGAGUAGAACGUCUGGCUCUUGUUACAGGUGGUGAAAUUGCCUCAACCUUUGAUCAUCCAGAGCUGGUAAAACUAGGAAGUUGCAAGCUUAUUGAAGAAGUUAUGAUUGGAGAAGAUAAGCUCAUUCAUUUCUCUGGUGUAGCUAUGGGUGAAGCUUGCACCAUAGUGCUGCGUGGAGCAACACAGCAGAUUAUAGAUGAAGCCGAAAGGUCUUUGCAUGAUGCUCUGUGUGUCCUUGCCCAAACUGUGAAAGAUACAAGAACUGUCUAUGGUGGAGGUUGCUCAGAGAUGCUGAUGGCUAAUGCUGUCACAGAGGUUGCCAACAGAACACCAGGCAAAGAAUCAGUUGCAAUGGAGUCUUUUGCGAAGGCCUUGAGAAUGAUCCCAACCAUUAUAGCUGAUAAUGCUGGUUAUGACAGUGCAGAUCUGGUGUCUCAGCUCAGAGCUGCUCACAGUGAAGGGAAAACAACUUAUGGACUUGAUAUGAAGGAUGGUGUCAUUGGAGACAUGGCAACCCUGGGAAUAACUGAAAGCUUCCAAGUCAAGAGACAAGUUCUGCUGAGUGCAGCUGAAGCAGCAGAAAUGAUUAUUCGUGUGGAUGACAUUAUUAAAGCAGCACCAAGGAAACGUGUACCAGACAAUCGCCCAUGUUAACUGUUCAACCCAUAAGGAUGUGUGGACCAGAUCUCGCCAAGUACUUAAAAAAACAAACAAAAAAAAGCCUCCUGAGAGGUUAUGGAACAGAAACUUAAAGUAAAAGAGUGUAUUCAUUACUGGCAUGUCAUUGUUACAUUUUUCUGCAGAAUUAACUUAUUUUGUUUUUGUGCUUUAAAAAAGGCAUUUUACAUCCAAAUAAAACAUGGGUUGUAUGAAA